AGUUAGUUUCAAUGUUUUAUGACCACACAGGAUGCACAUUGUGCAGUACUCCAUGGUAUUCAUCAGUGACCACUCAUUCUAUUGUUACACCAGGUAAUCAGUUACAUAAUGUAACGUAACCAAGUGUCGCAUUCAUACUCAUGCAGACUGCAAGGACGUCAGAGAGUUACGACAACGUCAGUUUAUUAUUAAUCACUUCUUAUUGUAUAUACCGGUAUCAUAAACAUCUUCUCAGCAUCUACAUUUUAACGCUCUUCUACAUAAGGAUGAAGUCGUUGCUGUUGUUCAUAGUUCUUCUCUGUACCCAGUCCGUGUGUACGGGAAAUCAGCGCAAGUCCGUGAGAAAAUCCUCCUGGGGACUCCUUGGAAAGUAUCAGAGUCUCAUAAACGACAUCUACCAAAUUAGAGAAGCCAUUACAGACCUCAUCAAAGGAGGACUUAUCAAGGGUGAGGCAGGGGAGGCUGGCGUAAAUGGAACCCAGGGUUCAAAGGGAAUAAAGGGGGAAAUGGGAGCCACCGGCCAGACAGGCUUAAUAGGAGGAAUGGGAGAUAAAGGAGAGAAAGGAGAUGUGGGCCCAAAAGGUGAACGUGGGGAGGUUAGUCCAAGUGGUGCUGAAGACAAUCGGCAUGCUAAAGGGGACACGGGAUUACAGGGACUACGGGGAGACACUGGAAAAAUGUAAAGGAAGAUCAAGUGGUGUCUAAAAAGCCACAUAGAGAUAACGGUCAGGGGCAUUACCAGAGACACAGCCUGUAAGGGAGGCAUUCAUAGAGGCACCACUGAUUACUUAACAAUGAAGAAGAAAUGUCUUAUCACUGUUGUGAUUCUGUUUGUGUUGAUGGUUUGUCAUCAUUUUGUCAUCUUGCAAC